AUGACGGGACACCCCCAAGGAGAGCUCAACUCCUUCCUCUGGACCAUCCGCCGUGACCCCCCUGCCUAUCUCUUCGGCACCAUCCACGUGCCCUACACGCGGGUGUGGGACUUCAUCCCGGACAACUCCAAGGCCGCCUUCCACGCCAGCUCCAGCGUCUACUUCGAGCUGGACCUCACCGACCCCUACACCAUCUCCGGGCUGGCCAGCUGCCAGAUGCUGCCCCACGGGGAGAACCUGCAGGACGUGCUGCCCCGGGAACUCUACCGCCGACUCAAACGCCACCUGGACUACAUCAAGCUGAUGCUGCCCCACUGGAUGACCCCGGACCAGCGGGGCAAAGGGCUCUAUGCUGACUACCUCUUCAACGCCAUCGCCGGCAACUGGGAGCGCAAGAGGCCCGUCUGGGUGAUGCUCAUGGUGAACUCCUUGACGGAGACGGACAUCCGCUCCAGAGGGGUGCCGGUGCUCGAUCUCUACCUGGCCCAGGAGGCCGAGAGGAUGAAGAAGACGACAGGCGCAGUAGAGAGGGUGGAGGAGCAGUGUCACCCGCUGAACGGGCUCAACUUCUCCCAGGUGCUGUUUGCUCUAAACCAAACUCUGCUCCAACAUGAAAGCCUCCGAGCAGGUAGUUUGCAGGCCCCGUAUACCACUGAAGAUCUCAUCAAGCAUUAUAACUGUGGAGACCUGAAUGCUGUCAUAUUCAACCAUGACACUUCUCAGGUCCCUAACUUCAUCAACACCACGCUCCCACCCCACGAGCAGGUGACGGCUCAGGAGAUAGACAGCUACUUCAGACAGGAGCUCAUCUACAAGAGGAAUGAGAGGAUGGGGAAGAGAGUGAUGGCGCUUUUAAGGGAGAACGCAGACAAGAGUUUCUUCUUUGCCUUUGGAGCAGGUCACUUCCUGGGUAACAACACUGUGAUUGAUGUACUGAGACAAGCAGGAUUUGAAGUGGAGCACACCCCUCCUGGACAACCAAUUGGAAAUUCGAGGACGACAAAGACAAGCCCGGCCUUAGAAGGGACCUCAGCGACAGCCCUGCCUGCUGUCCAGCUUUCUGAGCAGGUCCCACUGACUUCUCCUUCCCUGAAGCCCCUACAGAUGGAUGAAGAAGACAGCCUCUCUCCUCACCUCCUGUUGCCAGACAGCAUCAGCCAGCUGGAAGAGUUUGGCAGGCAGAAGAAAUGGCACAAGAAGCAGCACAAACACCAUCGCCAGAGGCAGUUCAAUGACCUCUGGGUUCGGAUAGAAGACAGCACCACCACGUUCCCUUCCUAUAUCAGGAUAACCAACAGCUACAUCACAGUCAAACCUCCCAUUUGGAUUUCAAACCGGCUGGACCAGAGACCGCGUUCAGAUCUCCCAUCCCAGCCUCAGCCUACAAGCUCAGCUUCAGCCAGCGUUUUAUGGCCAUCAAUAACUUCUCCUCUCUGCGUGGCCAUAACUUCUUUCCUCCUGAAUCUACUGCAGCCUUCCUGACCACAUUAGUAUUACGUGCAAUCCCUUGGAGUAGAGAAGAGAGAUAAUUUAUGAAUGAAUUGGAGGUUAAGACAACAACAGUUACAAGCUGGACCUUCUCGGUGAAUCAGUAGUGCCUUCUAGCUGAUUUUGUCUCUUUGCCCAGAUACAUUUUGAAACUCUAAAGCUUUAUUGUAACACUGACUUACAUCUUCUUUUUGUAGAAGGAUCUUUAUUUCCCAUAGUGCUAUGGGGUUUUGUAAAAUAUACAUGUUCAUAUAAAGAAAAAAAAGGAAAAGAAAAAAUGUAUUUAUUCGACUGGUAAACUUAUUUUUCUUGUUGUAUAUGUUAAUAACAUACUUAUUAAUCAGUAGCGAUGGUGAAACAGAUAAAUUAAUAUUUUCUAUAUUUGUUUUCUAACUGACAACUCUGCAAAUGUCUGAAGUGACACCAAAUGAAUGGCUUCUUUGUUUCUUUAACCAUUACUUUUUACAGCAACUGUCCAAUAAGUACAUUUCUACUGAACUUCUUUACUUUACAUAUUUUUAAUCUCGUUCACAUAGCUUACACUGAGUAAAGCAGAUCUUGCUCUCUGUGGCCUAUGCCCCUUAGAAAAAUAGGUGUGUUCUUAACUCAAGUUAGCUGCUACAACCUAAAAUCCCAGUUAUUUUUAUAUGACUUAGUAAGUCAUCAGUCAAGAUAACCCUCUAAGUUCUCUGUUGUCUUUAACUAAACUAUUUAACUUCUUUGGAAAUUGCCAACUUCCCUCUUUGCCCUGGGAUUAAUUCAUUAGGUAAUGCAAAUUAAGACAGCUUUUUCUUAAUAAAAAAAUUCUUUUAAAGUC